GAGAGAGAGAGAGAGGUCACGGGGAGGAGCAAAAGAGACCCGUUAAGAGUUCUGUAGAUGUAACAGAUGCACAUCCACAAUGGCAUGCACACCCUGUCUUUGUCUGUCUCCGCAUCUCUCUGCUAAAUUUUAACUGUGGCAUACUCAGAGUCUUUGAUACCGUCAUUGGUUAAUUUUCCUUUCUGAGAUAUUUCUAAAUUCUUAUUCCUCUUCUUUUUUUUUUAUGUCUAAACCCGCCUGCCGUGAGUCAAGAAAGCUCAGAUAUAUAACUGGGUUUUCCUAGGGUUUUGUGACGCUCUCUCUUUUGAGUGUGUCCCCGGGGUACAAGAGCUAGCUCUCUCUGGUCAGUACGUAGUCAUUCAGAUGCCAAGCAUUUUAAACAUUACACUCUCCUGAUGGCGUUUUGAGUUCAUUUUAGAGCUGAAUCGCCCUAUGAGUGUAGCUUUUCACUUCACAACUCUCUGAUUGAGCUGAAGUUCUUUCAGCAAGAGCUUCGGUAACAAGGUCUAACAUUCUUGUACUGUCUUUUGAAUCUUUUCCUCGCGAAUUCUGAGUAACCUUGCUUGCUUAUUAUUUCUGCAAAUUGGUUCUGUGGAUCUCCUUCCCAAUUAGCUCAUCUACACAAAAAAUUUCUGAUAGCUUUUGCUGUCCCAGAGAAUCUACUAUUUCCACAAUUGGUUGAUUUUCUGGUCAGAACUUGAAUUAUAGUCCGACUGAAUUUAGUCUUCUUCUUGACCCAUUGCACUGAUUCCUACUCAAGUUGGCAAUCUUUCCCUUAGUUUAAGUUUAUUCCAGAAUAAUGGCUUCCUGUCUAAGUGGAGGCAGCAGAACUUAUGCUCUCGAUCUCGAUAUCAUCAAAUCCCCAACAACAUCAACCCGAACCUCGCAAACAUCAUCAUCGCCAUGUUCGACAAUCUCCGAAUCCAGCGACUCACCACUUGCAAUCUGCACCCGGAAGCCCCGGACACAGAGAAAGCGUCCCAACCAGACGUACAAUGAAGCGGCUGCUUUACUCUCCACGGCCUAUCCAAACAUUUUCUCCAGCAAACACCUGACAAACCAUCCACGUGAAUCCACCAAAUCCCAUCAAAUCCUCGCUGAUGAAUCCUCGGAACUGUUGCUUCCUUUUCGAGUCGUGGACGAUGAUUUUGGUUCCGGGUACUUGCUCCCGCAUCACCAGCCAAAGCAAGACAAGUGCUUUUCCCAACUCGAGCCCAAAUUCUCGCCUUCUCGCGAAAAGCCUUGCCAGAGCCCAGGGGAGAACGAAAUCCAAUCCAAGGGCUCGGAUUUGGACGCUUGCUGGGAAGGGUUCCAAGAAGAUUUCGACGCUGAAUCCAUCUUGGACGAGGAAAUGGAGGAAGGGAUCAUCGACAGCAUCAUGGGAAAUCUCAGCGCCGACACCAGUGCGUCCCAUCGAACGUUGUACAGCGACCCGGUUUAUGGGAACCGACCGCCUCUGGGAUUUGGAAUGAGAAGAGGAGUGAGCGCGUGGAGAGACGUCAGCGAAGUGAACUGGUGGAACUUCCCCACCGUCGAUGUCCGCGAGAUAUCCCCGAAGCUCAACCGGAGCUCCAGUUCGGCGGAGAAGAAGAAGAGGAGCAAGGUCGAGAAGAGCGCGGCCGAGUCCAGGGACACGGAGGAGCCGCCCAAAGAGGACCCCACUCCGAAGCCGAUGGAAGGGUUGCUGCUGAAACUGAACUACGAUGAGGUCGUCGACGCUUGGUCCGGCAAGGGCUCGCCGUUCCCCGACGACUCCGACGGCGCCGGCAAUGACGUCUCUGCGAGGUUGGCCCAGAUUGAUUUGUUUUCGGAGAGCGGCGGACUGAGAGAAGCAAGCGUUCAGCGCUAUAAGGAGAAGCGGCGCACUCGCCUCUUCUCCAAGAAGAUUAGGUAUCAAGUCAGAAAAGUUAAUGCUGAUCAACGGCCCAGAAUGAAGGGUCGAUUUGUGAGAAGACCGAAUGGGAGUACGUCCGCGUCGAAGAUGAAAGGAUGACAACCUCCUACCAGUUGCUUACAGAUAAAUACAAGAUUUAAGAAGAUGGUCCUGGUUUUGUUUUUCUUCAUCAUUUUGUUAUGUAGUCCCGAAAUGCCUUUUUAUCAGGCUUUGUCGUGAUCUUACGGGGAACAUAAAACCUUUCGAUAGGAAACAAGCAUUUUUCUCAGAUCGUUGAACAGCGGCUAUAGAGAAGAGCAUGGCGAUGAUUCUGCUCUGCUAACCGAGGCUCGUCUUUCAUCGUCUAUCCUGUAUCUUCAUUUUCUCGUUUUAGAAUUUGCUUUGUCCAUGACCGUUAAUUUGUGAGCUCUGACCACGUUCAAUGUCAUUUAAAAUUCGAAAUAAA